GCCCCGCGCCUCACCUGCUGCUGAUCCGCUCCUCAGAGCGGCGAGGGGGCACCCGCGGAGAGGCCGCGCGGGCGCCAGCGCCCCCGAAUUCUCCCGCCCACCGCGGUGGACUCGCCCGGCGCAACUUUAACUUGAUUCCUCUAGCCCAGCCCGGGCACCCGCUGCUGCUGCUUUGCUGCCACCGCCGCCGUCUCGGCCGCCGCCUCACAAAGGGGCGCGGGAAGGGAGGCGGCGCGGUCCGCGGGCACAGGCGCCGGUGCGCAAGGCGCGGGCCUCCGUGCCGCCGAGGCCGGGAGACAAAAGGGAAACUGCCUCUGUUCGCCGUGCGGGCUGGGAGCAGCCAGCUCGUCCGCCUCCUGCCCGGCUCCGCGAGCCUCCUCCCCCCACCCCCGGCUGCUGCUCCGCCUCCCUCCCCGCGGGCUGUCCCCGCAGUGCUUCGGGACCCGGCGAGCCUUCGGGGCGCGCGUCGCUGCUGGUGGUUGGGGCUGUAGCGAUAAUAAAUGAUAGAGGAUACAAUGACUUUGCUGUCUCUGCUGGGUCGCAUCAUGCGCUACUUCUUGCUGAGACCCGAGACGCUCUUCCUGCUGUGCAUCAGCUUGGCACUGUGGAGUUACUUCUUCCACACGGACGAGGUGAAGACCAUCGUCAAGUCCAGCCGGGACGCGGUGAAGAUGGUGAAGGGCAAGGUGGCGGAGAUCAUGCAGAAUGAUCGGCUCGGGGGGCUCGACGUGCUGGAGGCCGAGUUUUCCAAGACCUGGGAGUUUAAGAGCCACAACGUGGCCGUGUAUUCCAUCCAGGGCCGGAGAGACCACAUGGAGGACCGAUUCGAAGUUCUUACGGACCUAGCCAACAAGACGCACCCGUCCAUCUUCGGGAUCUUUGACGGACAUGGGGGCGAGACUGCAGCAGAAUAUGUAAAAUCGCGACUCCCAGAGGCCCUCAAACAGCAUCUUCAGGACUACGAGAAGGACAAAGAAAAUAGUGUUUUGUCGUACCAGACCAUCCUUGAACAGCAGAUUCUGUCAAUUGACAGAGAAAUGCUAGAAAAAUUGACUGUAUCCUACGAUGAAGCAGGUACAACGUGUUUGAUUGCUCUGCUAUCAGAUAAGGACCUCACCGUGGCCAACGUGGGUGACUCAAGAGGGGUCCUGUGUGACAAGGAUGGGAACGCCAUUCCUUUGUCUCAUGAUCAUAAGCCUUACCAACUGAAAGAAAGAAAGAGGAUAAAGAGAGCUGGUGGUUUUAUCAGUUUCAAUGGCUCCUGGAGGGUCCAGGGAAUCCUGGCCAUGUCUCGAUCCCUGGGGGAUUAUCCGCUGAAAAAUCUCAAUGUGGUCAUCCCAGACCCAGAUAUCCUGACCUUUGACCUGGACAAGCUCCAGCCCGAGUUCAUGAUCUUGGCAUCAGAUGGCCUCUGGGAUGCUUUCAGCAAUGAAGAAGCUGUUCGAUUCAUCAAGGAGCGCUUGGAUGAACCUCAUUUUGGGGCUAAGAGCAUAGUUUUACAGUCAUUUUACAGAGGCUGCCCUGACAAUAUAACAGUCAUGGUGGUGAAGUUCAGGAAUAGCAGCAAAACAGAAGAGCAGUGAACCCCUCAGGGUUUCGUCUGCCUUAGACUAAAGGACUUUCAACACACUGGUCUCUUUUAAUGUAGUGAAAGGCGUGGGAGUUACAAUUAGGAUCAUCUACCUAGACAUGGGAUUCCCCCUCCCUGGUGGCCAUAGGUCUAUAUGCAGUAAUGAACAGAGGGUGCUCUCAGCCAAUGUAGCCAAGAAGCUGGAAAAUGGUUUCUUCAUGUUUUUCCAAGUCUUUCAUCCGAUGUUGAAAAUAUAUAAAUAUAUAGCUGUAGAUUCACACGUAUGAAGUGAAUGGCAUAUGUGCCAUAUAUUCUCCCAUUUGAGAUUCUUUUCAAGAUCUCUUACAGGGUUCUCCAGGCAUCAGACUUUGUCCUCUCUUCGGAGCCGUGAACAGAGCAGGCCUCCAGAGCUGCAGGAGACAGGCUUCAGCGUCCCCUGUGAGUCAGGGCUGAUGUGUCAAUGCCCGUUGCUGAGAGGCAGAGCUAUCCUGAGAGUGCUUUGUCCUUCUGAGCCCAGGUUUUUCUGCCCAGCAGCAGCCCAGACACAGAUUUGGGAUGGUUUAUUAUUCCGUGGCCGCUCUUAGAGACUGAGGGAAGUGGGGAGGAUGAGAGCUGCCUGCACAGCAGACAUAACCUUUUCCCCUGGCUUCCUUUAUUAGUUAAAUAGACUCUGUGUACCACCUGACCAGUCUUUGUGCGUUUAUCCUAAUUGUGCAUGACCUUAACCUUUUGCUUCUACCUUACCUUAUGUAAUAGGCAGCUGUGAAACUUCACCACCAGACACCACGAUUUUUUGUCUUACCAAGAAACCUGUUCGGGGAAAUGAGUAACGCAAAUUACAAUACCAUAAUUCCUUCAGUCUUUAAGGGUAGAGGAAAAUAGUGGCCAAAUAAGUCACAGUGCCUCUUGGGAAAUCUACUGUUUGCAUUAGGAGAGAAACCUGGUGAGGUCACCACCCUGAACUGAGCUCCAGCGGCCAGUUUUUGUGCGGGUUUUUUUUCCUCAGCUAUCCUAUUAGCUUUCAUGUAUCUUUCAAGCAGUGUUCAGAGAAGCAGCAGCCUCGAACUGCUUGUGUGUUCCCUGAAGCCCAGUACACAGUUCCCAGUGCGGUUUGGCAUUUGGUGAUAAAAUGCUGGCAUGUGCUUCUCCUUGACAGUGGAAAGGCAGCAGCCGGUAACAUUUGGUUGCAGAUCACCGUCCACACUAGGUAGCUUUCCCCAAAGAAAUACAAUCCGUCCCACACCGCCCCGCCCUGUGUUUUGAGGCAACCCGGCUGGCUGGGAAUUCAAGCUCAAACCUGUAUUGUUAAGUGGCUCAGAGUUAUUUCUGUGCAAAGCUUGCUGCUCUUCAUUUCCUAUCUCCAUCCAAAGUCAUGUUUCCAAUAUCAGUAUUGUAUAAAUUAAUUGACGGAAAAUGCUGGGUCAUCCUGUUUGCCUGGCUGACGUGGCUCAAGCAACCAAACAAGAU